UACUGUGCGCAUCUUGGUGAAAAGGGCUGGGAUAACAUCUGGUCCAUUCUGCGACGAUUCCAACGUCAUAUAUUAACUACAAUUACUACUGAUAUCAGUAAAAAUUUUUUUUUUUUUUAAAUUUAUUAUCUGUAAUUGGUGCAGUUAUUUUAUUUGUUUUAUUGAGGCUGCUAUUGAUAUCAAGGCGGAGCUUAAGGGAAGAUAUUAAAUCCGUAAAAUCUACGCCAGCAUCAAUCACUCUGAUGUAGACUUAUAAUUUAAAUUUUUGUGUGUAGUCAUGUGAGUACUUACUGUAAAACUUUAAUGCUGAUGAAAAAAUAUUUAAUGGAAAUGAUAUCUAUUUAUAAAUAUUUAUUUCCGGUUGUUUAUUUAAAAAAGUUUUGUGGGAAUGGUAGCUCGCUCGGUAAUAUAAUAAUAAUUACUUAAGGAAUUGCUUGUUGAAUUUAAACAUUACAAAGUCUAGUACAUCUUCAUGGUGCUCAUUAACCGGCUUUAGUUUUAAUUGUCAUUACUCCUCACCAAAGUUCGAGUAGUAUUUUAAGUGUAAUACUAAAAAUAAAAAACGAUUUAUUAAAUAAUUAAAUUUUAAAAAAUGCGCAACGAUUUGUAUACUUGAAUCUACUUACUUAAACUAGUAAUUAAUUAAUUUAUCAUGACAAUAAAAUAAUAAAUAAAUUGAUAUAUAAUUUAAUUAAAUGCUCGUUACUUUUUAUAUUAUUGUUAGUAGAUAUAAAAAUAGUUGACGAAAACUGAGUAAUAAAAAUGUAUUUAUGGGGACAGUAAAUCGGACGGUAGUUUAAAUGAAAAUGAUAGUGGUAAUGAGGAGCCAUGACAGCGAAAAGGGGGACGAGGAUUAAGAGAAUGAAUGGAAGUAAAAAUAAAUAUAAGGAUUGAGUAGGAGAGACAAGUGUGCAACAAGUUAGGAGCUGUGUAACGGCAAGUUGGAUGAAACUAAACUCGCGAUGUGACAUGGAUAUCCUCGUCAUAUUCUGUGUCCUCAUCGCCACUGUUCUAUAUUACAAUACGCUUCACGCUGGAUUCGUCUACGAUGACAGACGCGCGAUCCUGACGAAUCCAGAUCUGCUACCAAAUUCCCCAUGGUUUCCUUUAUUGGAAAACGAUUUUUGGGGUACACCUUUACGUGACAGCGAGUCACAUGGGAGUUAUCGUCCGCUGUGUGUGGCCACAUUUCGGCUUAAUCAUUUGCUCGGCGGUUUAAAUCCACAGGGCUAUCAUCUUGUCAACAUAGCACUCCAUGCUGCUUGUACGGGCCUAGUGGUUCGAGUGGCCAGAAAAGUAAUUCCAGGGCGAUGGUUGUCACAUGCCAUCACAGGACUGUUGUUUGCCGUGCAUCCAAUUCACAGUGAGGCAGUAGCCGGUAUAGUCGGACGAGCUGAUUUGUUGGCUUGCUUUCUGACUCUCGGGGGCUUUCUCACUUACGUAGCACAUUGCGACCAAACACGCUCGCCGUUGAUGCUUCUCAUAGCACUGACGUCUUCUCUUCUGGCCGCAUUCGCCAAGGAAACCGGGAUAUCCUCGCUGGCGCUAUGUUUACUCUGGGAGUUCUGUCAUGGCGAGUCAAAUACACAAAAGGAGAGGGAAAAAAAUUGGCCGAGAAAUCGAAGCGUUGGAAUCCUCUGGGGAGGUUUGAUUCUCGUGAUACUCGGACGAGUAAAGAUUGGGAAUGCUAACCCGCCGGAAUUUGCUACCGCCGACAACCCAACGGCCCGAAAUCCAUCGAGACUGACACGAGCCUUGACAUUCCUGUAUUUACCAGCAGCAAGUUUCCGUAUGUUCUUAUGCCCCAGUACUCUGAGCUUUGACUGGUCUAUGGAUACUAUACCCCGCAUAAUUAGUCUAACGGAUCCACGGAAUCUUGAGUCAAUAUGCCUGUACGUGGGCUUGGCAAGUGCUGGUCUUUGGCUCAUACAUCAGUCGAGAAAUGCCAAUACAAACGCUAAUGCUAAUUCAAACUCAAACUCUACUUCCUCUUCCACUUCCAGCUCCAUCUCCAACUCCAUCUCCAGCAACUCCAGUUCCAACUCCAGCUCCAACUCAAAUUACAAUUCAAAUUCCAAUGAAAUUUAUAUACGCAACCGGACGAUGGAAAAAAUCGGGUCUUAUCAACGCGCGUCAUCAAAGUGCUCGGUGUGCGAUGGUAAAAAAUCUGGAAAUUGUCAUACUGAAGGCUGCCGUGCAGCAAACAAUAAUAAUAACAGUGACAGCAAUGACUGCUGCUGCUCAACAUUGAAACCAAUGCUGCAACAUUCUUCUCACACGACUUUGACGAUCGGUAGCAGUGGAGGUAGCGGCUGUGUUACCAAUCCUUUGACUGGCAGCGAUGAUACUGACACACGAUUUGGCCGCACUACUAAAUCAGCCGUCAGCAUUGUCAUCAUAUCACUUGGUUUCCUAGCGCUUCCAUUUUUACCCGCCAGCAAUUUAUUCUUUUAUGUUGGUUUUGUCAUUGCCGAACGUAUACUUUAUUUACCAAGUGUCGGCGCCUGUCUGUCUAUCGGCGCCAGCGUUGCUGAAACUUAUCGAAUUGUUCGGCAUGGCUCUAAAACAUGCGGCAGAUUGAUUCUUGUUGUUACCGCCGUCCUACUUGGUUUCAUGGCUGCUAAAACUUUAAGACGUAAUAUGGACUGGCAUGAUGAAGAGAGUCUAUAUAGAUCUGCAUUACACGUUAAUCCACCCAAAGCGUACGGCAAUCUUGGAGGUAUAUUGAGCGCACAAGGACGAUUUGCUGAAGCUGAAGAAGCAUUCAUCCAAGCUCUUCGUUAUCGCCCUAAUAUGGCUGACGUACACUAUAAUCUGGGAAUAUUACAACAAGCACGAAGAAAUUACGAUGAAGCUAUUUUAAGUUACGAGCGUGCAAUCCACUUUCGGCCAUCACUUAUUCAAGCUUACGUGAAUCUCGGGGUGACUCUGAUAUCAGUGGGUAGAAAGUCGGAAGCUGCGGAUAUUUUGCGAACAGCGGCGGCAGUAAAUGGCGCAGGACUGAAGGACAAAAGGGUACACGAGGCAGCUAGAAUACAAGCAUUGUUACGUCUAGGUGCUUUGUAUGCUGACGAAGGGCAUCUGCAUGAAGCCUUGUCGUCUUAUCGAGAAGCUCUGCGAGCAUUACCUGAUUAUUAUCCUCCACAAACUCUGUACAAUCUAUUGGGUGAAACUUUAUCAAAAAUGCAAGAGUAUGCAGAAGCUGAACGAUGGUUCCGUGCGUGUUUAAUACGCGAACCGAAUUAUGUACCAGCGCAUAUUACUUACGGAGAAUUACUAGCUAGAAAUUCGAGCAGAGUUCUUGAAGCCGAGAGGUGGUUCAUUAAAGCUACGCGGCUCGCUCCAGAUGAUCCUAAUGUUCACCAUCGUUAUGGAAUUUUUCUGUCAUCGCAAGGCCGUUUGUCAGAGGCAGCAAGAGAACAAGUAAAAGCAGCGGAGCUUUCUCGAUCGAAUUACGAAUUAACGGUGGCUGCGGCCGCGGCACUGCAUCACGCGGGCAGAGAUGUUGAGGCUGAAGUAUGGUAUAAACAUGGCACGAGUUUGCGACCACAUGAGGCACGCAGCCACACAAAUUUAGGUGCAAUAUUGCAUUUAAAUGGAAAAUAUCGUCAAGCUGCGGCGGCAUAUCGACAGGCUUUGAGGCUGAGGCCAAAUGACGCAACAACAAUAACGAACCUUUAUAAAUUAAUGUCACUCAUAACGUGACGCAUGGCGGGGGAUCCCUUGUCCCCCUUCGUCGCAACUCACUUUUCGGAAGGGAGACAAAAUGCUAAAGACCCGAAUAAUUAUUCGGGCGAACCAAGGAUUAAUAAUCGCAUCUUCUCUUCCUGGUAUUCAUUUAUAAAUAAAUUUGCAUCCUUUUUAUUAUUAUUGAUAAUUGUAAUUGUAAUGAUAAUGAUAAUGAUAAUUAUGAUAAUAAUAAUUGUGUCAUUAUUAUGGAAUAAUAAUAAUAUCCUAAUACAUCA